AUGCAGCCGUCUGCGUUUUCACCCAAUGCCUCCCUCUACACGGGUCCACAGGAGGAUCCCCCGUUGUCACGCACCGGCUUCAUCGUCCUCGCUGUCAUUAUGGCCUUUUUCACCGGUCCAGCCAUCAUCCUCAAUGCUACAGUGAUUGUUGUGUCCCUCAUGUACAAGCAGCUGAGGCAGCCGCUCAACUAUGCUCUAGUGAACAUGGCCGUGGCUGAUCUGGGGACAGCCAUGACCGGAGGAGUGCUGUCUGUGGUCAACAACGCUCAGGGCUACUUCUCCCUGGGCCGGACGGGCUGCGUGAUGGAGGGCUUUGCAGUGUCCCUGUUUGGCAUCACAUCUCUGUGCACCGUGGCUCUGAUAGCAGUGGAGAGGAUGUUCGUGGUAUGUAAGCCACUGGGGCAGAUAACCUUCCAAAAGAAGCAUGCAGUGGGAGGUAUUGUCCUUUCCUGGCUGUGGUCCCUCACAUGGAACUUACCUCCACUGUUUGGGUGGGGCAGGUACGAGCUGGAGGGCGUUGGGACGUCCUGCGCACCCGACUGGCACAGCAAAGACCCUUACAAUGUCUCCUACAUCCUGGCUUAUUUCUCAGUGUGCUUUGCUAUUCCUUUCGCCUUGAUCCUGGCAUCUUAUUCUAAACUGAUGUGGACUUUGCACCAGGUAUCUAAGAUGGCCUGUGUGGAAGGUGGUGCAGUAGCAAAGGGGGAGAUGAAGGUGGCGUCCAUGGUCGUCCUGAUGGUCCUGACAUUUCUGAUCAGCUGGUUGCCUUAUGCCGGCCUCGCCAUGUUCAUUGUCUGCAACCCCGAUGCAAAGAUUCUUCCGCUGGUUGGCACAGUGCCUGUUUACAUGGCCAAGAGCAGCACCGUGUACAAUCCCAUUAUCUACAUCUACCUCAACAAACAGUUCCGUAAAUAUGCCGUGCCCUUCCUGCUGUGUGGGAAACAGCCUUUGGUGGAAGACGAAUCAUCAGAGGCAGUGACGACCGUGGAGACGACCAAAGUGUCUCCGGCCUGAAAUGUGCAAAUGCCUAAAACUAGCCAUUACCUUUAUCAUAAUAAUUCCUUUAACACAUGUUUUGUCACCUGUUACUUCAACAUUAGUGAAAUUAUGUG